CUUGCAUCGUCCCGGGAAGGAGCUGGGGCCUGGUACACCUCCCUCGAGCCAACCCCUGGGCACGCAGCAGGGCCGGGAAGCACCCAAGGUGCGCGCGCCCUUCCCCGCGCGGCCUCGCGCGCCCCUUUCUUCGCUCGAGGGUUCGGACCAUGCGUCACAGACGCACACCCACCAGCGCGCGCUUUGCUUGGGGCCCAUUCGGGAGCCAACCGAAACCUCUCUGAGCCACGGACCCCUUUAGAAGGACCCUGCCGUGCAGAACUGCCUUAUGGGCAGUUGCCUGAGCCGGCCUCACCCCUGGCCACCGUCCCACGCUCUGCUGGGUGGGGACCCUUGGGAGAGACCGGAGCGCCUCAGGUCCGCGUCCCCCGCCGGUCAUGUUUCCCCGGUUUGCCGAGUUCACUCUGGGGCCCCGACGCUGGACCUGGCUUUGCCCCGUCGUAUCGGGCGCCAUAGGCGGUUUGUCAUAGUCCAUCGGUGGCAGUAUCCAAUCCAGCAGGCCCGGCGUUUGUUCCUGGGAGUCUUUUCCUCAGUGCCCAGAAGUAGCCCUCAGAAGCCAGUGCUGUCUGCCUGCAGCUCCAAGAUGUUCUGCACCUCAGUGAUCUUGAAGAUAGCAUCUGCUAAGGCCAAACUGACCCUCCUUUUGGCUCUGAAACAGACAGUCAUGUACGUGUGGUCUUCACUGUCGGGUCACCUACCUAAUCCUGGUGGAAAGGAGGCCGGGGUGAGGUCCCUGGAACAGAGCUGUCAACUGAGAGCCAAGGAAAAGAAGGACCCGACCGCCCUGGUGGACAGCGGGACGGGCCUAGCGCUGCAAGAGGAAAGCCACCCAGUCCCCGAUAGGCAGGACCACCAGAGAGGGGGCUCCGAUGGCAGAGGGGGUGCUCAGUCCGCGUUUAGGCGCCUGAUGGUCAACGGAGUCCUCUCUUCCUUCGUGCCCAGACCUGGGCCUCUGCGGAGAGUCUCCUGUUCCAAGAGCCCCGAAGACAGCCUGGUUAAGAGGUCCCCGACCUACUUGAGCUCAUGCAGAAAACGAAAUGCCAUCACCAGUUCCUACAGCUCCACCCGAGGGUUCCCACCGCUGUGGAGAAGCCAUCCAGGUACAGCUGGGCUGCGGAGCCCAGCCUCAUCCCAUCCUCAUGUGCCCGCAAAAAAAGCCAGUGAGGAAAGCCAUGCGACUAGCUCCUCAGCCUCAGUGGAACCACAAAGGAAGACCACGCAGGAAAAGGUUGCGGAGGUCACUUCAGGGCAGAAACAAAACUUGAGGAGUUGUUCACCCCCAUCCGACAAUUCCAGGCCCCGGAAGCGCAAGAUUCCUCUGCUGCUGCCUUGGAGGCGAAAUGACCCACUAAUCCUGCUCCCAGUCCCCCAGCCAGGCUAUCGAGUCAGGGCUGAAGACCUUGACUUAGAGAAGAGAGCUGCGCUCCAGUGGAUCAACAAGGUCUUGGAAGGAUGAUGGAGCUAAGACUCAGAGCAAUUAAAUAACUUGAGGACAGUGACAUCGUGACUCUCAAGCCUGAGGCUGUACUCUGUUCUUGCAACGCAAUAUCACUUUCCAUGUAGGGUCAUUUUGAUACUUAAAAAAGAUAAUCAUCUAAUGUGCUAACUGUAGUGUCUGACCUACACUUAAGUGUUUGUAUGCGUUAUUACGACU